AUGGGUUGGAAUUCUCUCCUGAGUCGAAUAGUGUCAGAUAAUGGCGAAAUGUUGAAUGAAGUGAAUAGUGUUCCAGAAUCAAAAUCUGCAAUUAUCCGAAAUUCCGAUGGUGCAAUAGGUGGUGUUGUAUCCAUGAUCAGUUGUGCGGCAAAUCAGGCUUACUGUAUAGCUUUUCAAUUCGAUAAAUCCAUCAGUGAUAAGUAUAUCUGCAUUAAACCAUCUGAUGACCCGCAGUGUUUUCAAAUCGUCGAUGUUCAGGAUGUAGCUGAGGAUCGGAGUCUGCAACCGAUAUUCAUACAGGUGCAUCAUAAUCCCGACAAGCGGCUACCAUUAGAGCAUCUGAUUGAUCAAGUUGCUGAAAGGACGCUGGGACGAUUGAAUUUAGAUUUGAAAAAAAAUGUUACCGUUGAUUUGACUGAUAACGAUGAUAUGAAUAUUUGGAGGGAUAAAGCUGGCUUCGUUGUUAGAGACAAAAUGCAACUAUGUGAGCUUACUGUCAAUAAAAAUGAAUUUCAGAAGACUCUGGAAACAGUGAAAAACAUCAAAAUUUCUGAAUUCGAUGGCUCAAAAAUGGGAAAACUCGUGAAAUUUGAUAAGGCAGUGAGUUGUGCAGAUCGCAGCAGAUUUCUGGAAUACCUUUUUAAAGAUGCAAACGUAUUGAUUGCUGAAAACGAAGAAACAUCAGCAGUAAAUGGUUACGGUGUUUUCCGAAAAGAUCGUAUUCUUGCUGUUUACGCAAACGCCAAGGAGAUUGCUCAUGCCAUCAUGCAGGAAAUACUCCGAACAAUGAAUCAUGACGAGAUAACAUUAUGUACGAUACGGAACAAGUGGAGCAUUGAACACAAUCCAAAUACCCGUUGCAAACAGAUCAUUCGUCUUCAUACAUGUACACUAUUGACAGGUAUUAUGUGGGACCGAAUAUUUAUUUUGAACGCGGGUACGAAUUUGAUCUGA